AUAACACAAGUUGUUUUAGGCGGAAAAUAUUUUAGGUUUAACUUACCUACCUCAAUUGAGGAAAAUUAGCUAAAAUUGGGGUCCCGGUUUUCACGAGAAAUUUAUCAAAGUAGAUUUAUAAAAAACAAAGCUAGACUGACGCAUUCAAUACAAAUUGUGACCUAGCCAACCUUUUUGUACCCCUUCAGCUGCAGACGAAUAUACAAAUAUGCGCAACCUAUGUACAGUAACAAGCGUAAGUUUUCCUACAUGUUUGGUAAUAAAAUAUAAUGGGACAGGGUAUAAACUUUGCACUCUAAAUAUCUAGUGACACUAAUUGUAGCAUCGAUAUGUAUUUAAAUACACUAUAAAUCUUGUCAACCCAAUUUUUGCUAGAUUUUCCUUGUAGACAAAUGCAUACAUAAAUACAUAUGUAGGUUUAUCAUAAGCCAUUAUGAUAUUAUUUUUAUACAUUUUUUAUUAUUUUUUAUUACAUUUUCAAAAUAAAAAUCCGAAUGAAUAUUCGUAUAAAUAGAGAAACCGACAUGUUUGAGAUUCAGUUACUUUACAUAUGUAUUGUGGUCCAUGGUUUAAGAAUCGAUUGAUUCGCACAUUUACUAAAGUUUGUACAAAAUGGAAAAAUUAAUAAUGUUCCCAUUAAUCGUAAUUGUUUUGCUCAAUUUUACUCUCUCAACGACUGCGAUAACUUUUGAGGAGGAUACGACGCUUUCGAAACAAGAGGGUAUUGCAUUUAAAAAGUUCAAAGCUCGAGUGACUCCCAAGUUGACGCACGAUUAUCAGAAAGAAGAUCUAUUUCUUCUGCGACAUCUCAGAGCAAAACAUUUUGACGUGACUAAAGCAGAAAAUUUUAUCCUUUCGCAAAUGAAAUGGCGAGCAGAUAACAAGAUGGAAACGAUUCAUCAAGAGGACUGGUCGGACAUGAAUGAUGCGUACGGCAUGCGGAGCGAGGGAUACGACCGUGAUGGUCGGCCACUUAUUGUGUGGGAGCUGGGCGAUUGGGAUUUGAGGAAGGGUGCCCUCGCGGGAAAAAUGGAUCGUAUUAUCCGCUGGACAUACAAAAAUUGGGACGCUGCCACCAAAAAAGUGCGAGAUUUAGAAUUGCAGAAUAAAAAUGUGACACGAUGGUCGAUGGUUAUCGAUCUGAGGAAUAUUAAUUCCAUAACAAAUGUUAAUUCGGCCAGUUUCCCGUACUACAUUGCGGUGUCACUCGGCCUAGAUUCUCACUUUCCCCACAUGGUGGAGAAAAUAUAUUUGCUGAACACACCCGGGCUUUUUGAAACUGUUCUGACCUUAGUAAAACCCGGGAUGGCGAAGGGAACGCGAGAUGCGCUGACCGUGUAUGGAAAAAAUGAAGCUGAUUGGAGACCCGUAAUGAAGGCUGUUGUUGACCCGGCCGAGUUGCCCCAAAGGUACGGUGGACUCAAAGAAGAUCCCCACUAAUGUGACAAUGUUUUCCGAUUUGUUGUUUAAUAUUUGUAUUGUCACAUACAUGCAAAAGUUUAUCUUGACGUGAAUAAAGGCAUAUGUAUACGUUUAAAUCAAGGUCCUCUUAUUAUCCCAGUUCAAAAUUUCCCCAAAUUUUCUUUACAUAUAUUAAAGUUAGAGAAUAUGGAUGAUUUUGAUUUAUGCUGGGAGAGUUUGGCUGUCACAUGAUCUUCAAAAUUAACUCUGAUUUCCGAAAAUUUUCAUAUUCAUCAAAAUGAGCAUGGUUGUAUCUAUGAAAAUUCAGGGAAAUGUGUCCAGAAGCUUUGUGCCUAAAAAUUGUUACGAAUUUGACAUUACACUAAAUAUACGGUGAAUUAUCGAAGUUGAUUAAGAAUAUCUGUCUGAUGUUUGAUAAUAUGUCAUCCUACUUAAGCACGUGGCAUAGUAAUUAAUAAUUAUGAAUAUAAUAAAAUACUAAAAUUAACGUACGUUGUGAACCUUAAAUACAUACAUGUAUGUACAUACCUAUACAUAUGUACAUACCGAUAAGAACUUAUGGCAAGGAAGCCCACCAUCAUCAUGCAGCUUUGAACGUAAAAAAAUC